AUGCGUUUCAAGAUGGAGAGGACAGCUGUAAUACUAGUGCUGAUGUCACUAACCUGCAUGUGCAGUGGUCAGAGGCCGGAGUUCUUCUCCGUUGACAUCUACAGUGAGCUGAAGGCGCUGAGGUCGCUGGUGGGGGAGAUCUCAGCCAGGCUAAACGCAACACAGCGGGAGCUGGAACAAGAGAGAGCAGACAAAAGGGUGGCAUUCACUGCAUCAAUGCUGAGUACUGUGAACAGGAAUCAUGGUCCCUUUGAUCGUGAGACAAACCUCAUUUUUGAAAAAGUCCUGACGAACGUUGGCAAUGCCUACAAUGCAAACACAGGUGUCUUCACUGCACCAGUGAAAGGAUUGUACUUCUUCCGAUACUCUGGGCGUGCCUUUUCCGGUAAAGACAUGGGCUUGAGCAUAUUUAAGGGAAGCUCACGCAUCGUGUCUUCAUAUGACCACCAGUCUGGAGACACAAACGACAGCAUAUCCAAUGGCGUUGCUCUGGAGCUGGAUGUUGGGGAUGUGGUGUACAUGCGCCUCUGGAUCAACUCAUGGAUCUUUGUCGACAGUCGCUAUAACUACUGCACUUUCAGCGGGUUCUUGGUCUUCCCUAUUGGCUGAAAGUGCAUGGCAGCUUGGUUAUAAAUUAGACCAAUAAAUAAAAUACACAGUUAAAGUAAUGACUCAAAUGUGAUAUAGAUAUUUUUGACAAUACUGAAGCAUUUGAAAUCACAGUGAAUCAUUUGCAAUCACAUCACAUUCAAACUCCAAAAUGUGAAUUUACCAAUUAUGCUUUUCUGGUUUGGUUUCCUUUUCCUUCAGUGUGUUAUAUAGCUUUAUGUCUAUGUAAAGGACAGAGAAUAGAAAUGUGUGUGUUUUUGGAACGUUGAAGCAUGUAAAUCAAUUCUAGUAGACCCCCAAAAUAAAAUUAUGAACAUUGAACAUUAGCAUAAUAGGUCCUCUUUUAGGCUGUCCAAUGAUCAGUCUGAAAAAGAAGCAGUAGUUGAAUAUGAGGUGGUACUGGCUACAUGUAUUGCGUUGAGUUUCUGGUGAUUUGUGUAAUCUGGAAAAAGAUUAAAGAAAGAUUUAACAUUCAUAUAGGAGACAUAGUGCUACUAUCUACAGUGCUUAUACAGUAUGUCAUAAUAAAUGCCUUGUCUGAGGCUUUAACAUUGUCUUGAACCGU